CAUACGCAUGGCCAUCCCACAAACCCUGUCAAACUCACUUGACUACAGAUCGCUUUGAGGUGAUAUUCACACACAGAGGUGAAAAUGGCAGAUGUGUCGGAGAGGACUUUACAAGUAGCCAUAGCCAUCUCGUUUGCAACAGGAUUCCUUGCAGGAUGGCAGGCCAAUAGAAUGCGGCGAAAGUUUUUGGAUUGGCGUAAGAAAAGGCUUCAAGAUAAACUGGCAGAGACGCAGAAAAAGCUGGACUUGGCAUGAUGUCGUGAAAUGUUUAAGUGUACAAUUCUGUCCAAUAGCUCAGGUGUGAGGCUCCUGCCAUUAUGAAGACUUCUAAGCUCCUGGAACCACUGGUCUCCACCAGUUUAUGAGGACUUUGACUGUGACUUUGACUUUGAAUGGACUUUUCUACAAAUGUCUUUUGUCCUUCCUCUCAUCUAUGCUGUUCAGUUAGGCCUACUGUCUGAGGCGAAUUCCACAGCUUUCUUCUGAUGAACUUCUGAACAUAUACAAGUUUUUCAAGAUGUUACCACUAUAAACAGUGUGAACAUAUAGGGUCUAUUUUUUCAUGCCACCCUACCAGGGAUGGAAAUAAAUGCUCACAUAUUUAAAAGUUAAUUUUUGCUUCUGCACCCUACAAACACCUUCCUAUUUCAGCCUAGGCAAUAAAUAUUGUUUUAUUAUUAUUGCAUAAGCCUGUCUGUUUAAAUGACAAGACCUCAAGCGUGAUGUGCUGUGUCAGUAGGCUCAAGUAGACACGUGCAAAAAUUAUUUACUGACUGGUGCCAUACAUGCUUUAAAAAAUGUAAAGCAAUUUGAACCGAAAAUAGGGAGUCAUGUUUCACUGUUAAUUGAGAUUUUAUGUUGCUUCAAGGUUCAAGAAGAAUACUUGACACAAGUAUCCCAUUUAGUUUACCACUGACAGAGUUUUAAAAAAAAAAAGAAAAAAUCCAGGCAGUCCCUGCUGGCUACAAAUGCUGAAGAUCAGUGAUCCAUUUCUUAUCCCCUGUAUUUUCAGAACCAGCCUAAAAUCCCAGCGGAUUGCAAUGACAAGCUUUACCUGUUAUGUGUCAUUUAUCAUUGUCUGUAGUUUUGACAAACAUGUGAACAUGAACAUGCAGAGGGUUUGUAGGUAGUGAUGUGUUUACUUUUACUUGAGCUGUGUAUUGGAACUGUAUUUUCAUUCGGUUUUAUAAAUCUUCAGUAUAACUUUGUAUUGCUCUGGUUCGCCAAUCAAGAUGAAUGAAACACUGGACAAAA